GGCCGGCGGCUGCCGCACACGCGAGCAGGCCUGGAGCACACACUCCCAAGAGGCAGCGGAGGUGGAGGGCUUCGGGUCACUGAGACCCCAGUGCCGCACAGAAGGCUCAUGGAGCUCGGAGCACGCCGGGCCUUCCUCUUGAGAGCUAGCAGGUUCCUUCUGGACCUGUAGGGCGCCAUCCCAGUCUAGCCACCAUGGCGCGCGGUUUUGCAGUAGGCUUCGACCCCCUGGGCCUCGGAGACCUAAGCUCUGGCUCUCUGAGCUCCCUCUCCUCCCGAGGCCACCUGGGCAGCGACUCGGGCUCCGCAACGCGAUACCUGCUGAGGAAGAAGCGGCGGCUGCUUAAUGGGCCCCCCCGUGGAAUCCGAGCCUCAUCGCCCAUGGGCAGAGUCAUCCUCAUCAACUCCCCCAUCGAAGCCAACAGUGAUGAGAGCGACAUCAUCCAUGCAGUCCGGGUGGAGAAGAGUCCAGCAGGGAGGCUGGGGUUCAGUGUGCGGGGCGGCUCUGAGCAUGGCCUGGGUAUCUUCGUCAGCAAGGUGGAGGAGGGGAGCAGUGCAGAGCGGGCUGGCCUGUGCGUGGGAGACAAGAUCACGGAGGUGAAUGGGCUGAGCUUGGAGAGCACCACCAUGGGCAGCGCGGUGAAGGUGCUGACGGGCAGCAGCCGGCUCCACAUGAUGGUGAGGCGCAUGGGCCGCGUGCCGGGCAUCAAAUUCUCCAAGGAGAAGACCACAUGGGUGGAUGUGGUGAACCGGCGGCUGGUAGUGGAGAAGUGCAGUUCGGCGCCGUCGGAUAGCAGCUCAGAGGAUGGCGCGCGACGCAUCGUCCACCUGUACACAACCUCGGACGACUUCUGCCUGGGCUUCAACAUCCGCGGGGGCAAGGAGUUUGGCCUGGGCAUCUAUGUGUCCAAAGUGGACCAUGGCGGGCUGGCUGAGGAGAACGGCAUCAAGGUCGGGGACCAGGUCCUGGCGGCCAACGGUGUCAGGUUCGACGACAUCAGCCACAGCCAGGCCGUGGAGGUGCUGAAGGGCCAAACACACAUCAUGUUGACCGUCAAGGAGACUGGCCGGUACCCUGCCUACAAAGAGAUGGUUUCUGAGUACUGUUGGCUGGACCGCCUGAGCAACGGGGUGCUGCAGCAGCUGUCCCCGGCCUCUGAGAGCAGCUCCAGCGUCUCUUCAUACGCCUCCAGUGCCCCCUACAGCUCAGCUGAGGGCUCGGGCUCCCUGCCCUCAGACUGCAUGGAUGUCUGUCUGGGGCCUGAGGACCCGGGCGGCCGGGGCCCAGGCUGGGGCCGGGCAGACACAGCUAUGCAGACAGAGCCCGACAUGGGGGGCCACGUGGAGACCUGGUGCAGUGUGCGGCCCACCGUCAUCCUCAGGGACACUGCCAUCCGCUCUGACGGACCCCUGCCCACCCGCCGCCUUGAUUCUGCACUCUCUGAGUCCCCCAAGACUGCUCUGCUGCUGGCCCUCAGCCGACCCCGGCCCCCUAUCACACGAUCCCAGAGCCACCUGACCUUGUGGGAAGAGAAGAAGCAAUGGAAGAAGAAGUCAGUGUCCCCUGGGGAGAAGGGGGCCCUGCAGCGCUCCAAGACACUGAUGAACCUCUUCUUCAAGGGAGGGUGGCAGGGGCGGCUGGCAGGGGACGGGCGCAGAGAGGCCUGGACGCUGGACAGAGGGAGCCCGGCCAAGCCCCGCCCUCGCCUGGACAUGCAGAAAGCAGUGGGAGUGGGGCCCGUACAGAAGUUUGUCACCUGCAGACUGAGACGCGACCAGGAGAGGGGCCGGACCCUGCUCUCUGCCAGGUCUGGGAGCCCCUCCAGCCAGCUGCCCAAUGUGGAUGAACAGGUGCAGGCCUGGGAGAGCCGACGACCCCUUAUCCAGGACCUGGCCCGGAGGCUGCUGACUGAUGACGAGGUGCUGGCAGUCACCCGCCACUGCUCCCGGUAUGUGCAUGAGGGCGGUGUGGAGGAUCUGGUGAGGCCCCUGCUGGCCAUUCUCGACAGGCCCGCGAAGCUGCUACUGCUGAGGGACAUCAGGAGUGUGGUGGCCCCCACGGACCUGGGCCGCUUCGACAGCAUGGUGAUGCCCGUGGAGCUGGAGGCUUUUGAGGCCCUCAAGAGCCAGGCAGUACGGCCUCCUGCCUUGAGACCAGCCCAGCAGGACACACCGCCCAGGCGUCAACUCAUCACGCCUGUGCCUGACAGCCGUGGAGGCUUCUACCUGCUGCCUGUGAAUGGCUAUUCUGAGGAGGAAGAUGACAGGGAGCUGAGGGAGCGGCUGGGGGGCCUCCAGGUCUCCCUGGGUGCCUAUGCCCCCCGCCACCCUCAUAAAGGAAUCACCCCGCUCCAAGACGUGCCAGUAGAUGCCUUCGCCCCACGCCGAAGCACCUGCACACCUCCUCCCCAGCCACCCCCUGUGGCUCCCCGGCCCCCGAGGCCUAACUGGAUGCUGACAGAACCCCAGACCCAAGAGGACCCUCGACAGAGCAAGAGCCAGGGCCCAGCCCAGAACCGCAGCCGCAGCCGCAGCCGCAGCCGGGGCCAAGGCAAGGCCCCAGGACGCAGGUGUUCCCCAUCCCCGGCACCUAGCCCCACCCCUAGCACAGCCAACGGGCGCUACCACAAGCCUCGAAAGGCCAGGCCCCCUCUGCCACGACCUCUGGAUGGGCAGGCAGCCAAGGUGGGGGGUAGUGGAAGCCCCUCUGAGAAUGGAACUGGCUGGACAGCCGAGGAGGCAGCCACGAAGGCCCCUAGUGGGGAGCUGAAGACAGUCACGCUGUCCAAGAUGAAGCAAUCCUUGGGCAUCAGCAUUUCUGGGGGCAUUGAGUCCAAGCUGCAACCCAUGGUGAAGAUAGAAAAGAUCUUCCCUGGGGGGGCGGCCUUCCUCAGUGGGACCCUUCAGGCUGGCUUUGAGCUUGUGGCAGUGGAUGGAGAGAGCCUGGAGCAGGUGACCCACCAGCGAGCAGUGGACACCAUCCGUCGUGCUUAUCGAAACAAGGCUCGGGAACCCAUGGAGCUUGUGGUCAGGGUCCCUGGGCCUGGCCCACUACCCUUACCCUCCGACUCGUCUGCCCUUACUGAUCAGCGCCUUCCUGCUGACCAUUCCCCUGCCUACUGACCCCUUGAUGGUUCUGCAGUUCCCUCCCACUCCCUCCCACCUCCCAUUAAUGGUCUUCCCAGCAAGAGCCAGACCCCUCCCACUGAUGCCAGGCUCCUCCAGCUGACCCUCAGCCCAGUUCCCUCUCCAACCCUCCAGACUCCAGAUACUAACCCCACGCUCUCCCCACCUGUCCCAUGACUCUCCCCUCUGACCUCAGAUCUGCCCACUGACCCCAGGAUCCUCCUGCCGUCUCCAGACCUUGCCACCAGCCUUACCAGCCUCCUGAGGACUCGGGCCCUCCCUCUCCUGCUUGCCUCGCCUACUCCCGAAGCUCCACACUGGUAGCUCAGGUUUCCCUCUUCCCUCCCCCGUUGUCACUGAGGCUCUGCCCUUUCCAGAUAAACUUCGUGUCAAGGACAAGGUGCUACUGGGCAGCCUGUGUCACCCGCUCACUGUCCUCAACCUCCCAAGACAGAAGCGGGGUUGAGAUACCCAAGGUUGAAGCUUGGGAUGGGUGGGCACUUGCUCAUGAUGCCACCUCUGAUGCCCUAAGCACUGAGGGUCAUGGACUCUCAGACAGAGCCCUCAAGGGGUCAUUGCAUCCAUCCCCUAG